CACACACACACACACACACACACACACACACACAAAGGUGCCUGUCGUCUUAGAAAUGCUGAUCUCUGCAAAAUAAACACCAGCUUUGCUAUGGGCGCCGGGGGAGGGUAGUUGAGACAGCGGAUGCAGACAAUUUUUUUCCGUCAGUUACGUCACCGACGCUGCCCGCUACACUCUGCGCCUGCGUAGGGCCUGCUAGUCUUCACAAUACCAUGUUGACUAUUGGCGGAUGUGGUCUCAAGGCAUCCCUGAGCAUGCGUAGAACAAGCCGCCUUUCCAGAUUAGGCGGCAGGGACAACUAGUAGGUCCCAGACGGAAGUGUUUUUCUGGGCCGUUCCACUAACGGUCUACUCAACAUCCCGCAGAAAAUCUGGUUGAGUAAGGUUGAGGGUCUAGCACCUGGGGUCGCGAGCUGAAUGGUGGGGAAUUCUAAGGGAUGAAUGAAGGGAGGCUCGUGAGUGUCAUUGAUUUGAGAAACUGGGAGGUGGGAUGAUCCGGGUUUGAGAGAGCAGUUGAAUCGGGGUCUGCAGACUUAAUAGCGGACAAAGUUAUGAGGCUAGUUAGCAUUAAGUAAGCCUUAUUAAACUUUGGCUUUUACACAUUUUCCAGCACAGUGGUCUCCCCUCUUUAGGUGUGGCCCCACGUCUCUGUCUGCCAGUGUAACCCUCGCUGGAGUUGCAGGGAAGGGUGCUGGAUUGAAUCAGCAUCUAAAGACUUCUUUGCAGCGCCUGUACUAGAAGGCCCCAGUGAGCUCAACUUUCAUAUAUGUUUUCCCAAGAAAAGAAGGAAAUGGCCAAACCCCAGGAACUAGUGACAUUUGAGGAUGUAGCUGUGGAUUUCACCCAGGAGGAAUGGCAAUACCUGAACCUUCCACAGAGGACCCUGUACAGAGAUGUGAUGCUUGAGACCUACAGCAACCUUGUUUCUGUGGGCUCCGAAGACCAAGGAGGUAUCUAUCAUUUAUCAUCUUCAGAACAGCAGGUUACUAAACCAGACCUCAUUAUCAAGCUGGAGGUAGAAGAACCAGAGCCAGAAGAUGGGGAGAUUUCAGUUUGGAGCUUUCCAGAAGUCUGCCAAAUUAAUGAACAGUUUGAGAGGCAACAUCAGGAUAACCAAGAUAAGUAUCUGUUGAUGCAAUUUGGAUUCCCUGAAGACAAAAUAAUUACCAAGAGUGACCAGAACUAUGCUGAAUUUGAAAACACAUUUCAUCUGAGCACAAGCCUUGUUGUCCCAAUGCAAAGAACCCACAAAUUUGAAUCAUUUAGAAAUAAUAUGGUGGACAAUUUAAGCUUGCUUAGUAGAAGCUCUACAGAAAAUAAACAUGAUACUGGGUAUGCAAAGUUAUUCUUCCAUACAGAAUAUGAAAAACCUAAUUUCAUAGUGAAACCCUGUGGAUAUAAAGAAUAUGACAAAACCUUCAGGCGAAAGAAAGGUCUUAGCCUUCAUCAGAGAAUUAAGAAUGGAGAGAAGCCUUUUGAAUGUACUGCAUGUCAGAAAACCUUCAGCAAAAAGUCACACCUCAUUGUACAUUGGCGAACUCAUACAGGAGAGAAACCAUUUGAAUGUACUGAAUGUGGGAAAGCUUUUAGCCAAAAGUCCCAGCUCAUUAUACACCUCAGAACUCAUACAGGAGAAAGACCCUUUGCAUGUCCAGAAUGUGGCAAAGCCUUCAGAGAAAAGUCAACUGUCAUCAUACAUUAUAGAACACAUACAGGAGAGAAACCUUAUGAAUGUAAUGAAUGUGGGAAAGCCUUCACUCAGAAGUCAAACCUCAUUGUCCAUAAAAAAACCCACACAGGAGAGAAAACCUAUGAGUGUACCAAGUGUGGGGAAUCUUUCAUCCAGAAACUUGACCUAAUUAUACACCAUAGUACUCACACAGGAAAGAAGCCUCAUGAAUGUAAUGAAUGUAAGAAAACAUUCAGUGAUAAGUCAACCCUCGUUAUACAUCAGAGAACUCACACUGGAGAGAAACCUCAUAAAUGUACUGAAUGUGGGAAGUCUUUCAAUGAGAAGUCAACCCUCAUUGUGCACCAAAGAACUCAUACUGGUGAGAAGCCCUAUGAAUGUGAUGUGUGUGGGAAAACUUUCACUCAAAAGUCAAAUCUAGGUGUGCAUCAAAGAACUCAUUCAGGAGAGAAACCAUUUGAGUGUAAUGAAUGUGAGAAAGCCUUCUCUCAGAAAUCCUAUCUCAUGCUACAUCAGCGAGGCCACACUGGAGAGAAGCCCUAUGAAUGCAAUGAAUGUGAAAAGGCAUUUUCUCAGAAGUCCUAUCUCAUUAUACAUCAAAGAACUCAUACAGAAGAAAAACCCUUUAAGUGUAAUGAGUGUGGAAAGGCAUUCCGAGAAAAGUCAAAACUCAUUAUCCAUCAGAGGAUCCACACAGGAGAGAAACCCUAUGAAUGCCUUGUGUGCUGGAAAGCUUUUAGCCAGAAGUCACAGCUCAUAAUCCAUCAGAGAACACACACAGGAGAAAAGCCCUAUGAAUGCACAGAAUGUGGUAAAGCAUUCAGGGAAAAAUCCACAUUCACAGUACAUCAAAGAACUCACACUGGAGAGAAGCCCUAUAAGUGUGCAGAAUGUGGCAAAGCCUUUACCCAGAAAUCCAACCUUAUUGUACAUCAGAGGACCCAUACAGGAAAGAAGGCCCAUGGAAGAGGUCAUACCUGCAAGGCAAAUCUCACUACAAAAUAUGGAACAAAGCACUAGUGUCUUUCAUAUACCCAAAAGGAAAGAUGUGUUGAUUUAAUGUUGAAAAAGAAUGACCUGAAUUCUAGUCUAAUCAUUGGGAUAGGGUCGGCAUUUCUUUUCAUCUAUUUUCACUCUAAUGCAGGUUGAAAUAGAAACAGAUGAGUAAUUUCUUUGGAAACCACUGCAACCAUAGGGCUGUCAGUCUAAAAGGCAAUCAAACCCUAGUGCAUGAGAUUUCACAGCUUCAGAAGUGAGGCAGCAUAGCUAAGGACUCUCCUCUGAGGGCUGAGGUACACGGUAAGGUGCAUGACCAGAGACAGCUGUGACAAAGACCAUGUGAGGCCUGAGGAGAAACGGGCAGACAGACCUUAUAUUUACAGAAAGUAAUCAGACAGAUUUGAGGGAGAGCUGGAGGUGGGGAAGCUGGGGCAAAUAAAGGGAUAUAGUUAGUCUUCUUUACUGGUUUGGGAAAAGUAAAGUCUGAAAGAACUAACAGAAGGUAAGGGGUGUCUCAUUUGUUUGAAAAACUGAUCUGUCUAGAAUGUGGCCCUGGCAUCUUCCUCCACAAGAACCUCAGGCAAGCAGCAAGUCCAGGAGCUACUCUUCUCAUUCAAAGAAAAGCAUUUAAAAGUAAUAAAAAUCACAAAUACAUUUCUACUUCUAGGAAUACAUAUAUUCACAUGUGUACAAAAUGAUCAAAACAGAUAUUUGUUGAUGCAGUGUUUGAAAACAAAAGAUUAGAAGCUUUCCAAAUGGCAUCGCCUGGAUUCUUCUUCCUAAAACUGAUAUAUAUUAAUACAGCAAACUCAAGACAAAAAUGAACAAAAAGAAUGUGGAUAUCAUUUCUGUAAUGGUUUGGGGUAGUCUCCAAGUUACAUCAUUAGAUAGGAAAAGCAAGGUGCAACACAGCAAGUAUAAUGUGCUACCAUUUGUAUAUAAAAAGGGGGAAAUGGUAAGUACAGAGUACAUUGUAUGCAUAAUCUGUUUCUGGAAAGGAAUAUAAGAAUCUGAUUAUCAUUAUUAUCUUACAAAAGGGAAGGGGGCAGUAUGUGACUAGGGAGAUGAAACCUCGAGACACCUGUGCAUUCUCUCAUAGCUUUGGAAAGUUGUACAGUGUGGAUAUAUAACCUUUUUGACAAAUAAAUCUCUAAAACCGUAUUUCAUUCCUUUAAUAGUUAAUUCUAGAUACAUAAUUUAUAACGUUUAGUGUAUAUAAGCUGAGUAGAGUUUAUUUUCAGUGAAUAAACUGAAAUACUGGCAAACAGGAGCAAAUAUUCAAUCAAUUCCUAAAGUAUGUAGGCAUUUUUUUCUAAGCAUGAAGUAAAGUAAUUCUAAGGUCAUCUGGGACCAUAUUACAUAAGCCUAAAAUAACUGAAACUGGAAUAUAUUUCAUAUUUAGGGUACACAGUGACACCUGUGAGAAGUUACUUUAUUAAAAUUCAUUGAUAUCUUUUCAAAUCUUAAAAUGAUUUAAAUGACUUAAUAUGCAUACACUGUUUUUACAAGAAGCAUAAAGUACCAAUUCAAUGGAAGGCAGAAUAACUUGCUCCAAAUAUUACACAAGUGCUAGUAACAUGGAUUUCCCAAGAUUACAGAUGAAAUCGAGACCCAUGAGAACAAUAAAACAACAUUUGCUAUAGAA